UUUGGACACUUCUGCUGGGCCCGUUACGCAUCACCACCACAAUCAGAGGGCAGACUGUAAACAAGUCUUAGAAGAGCCUGUGAAAAUAGCUCCUCACAGGCAGAUCUGCCUAUACCUGAACCCACAAGCGUGUGGAGCCUUUAUCUCCUCGUGGCCUGACGUGGCCCCACCCUGUCUGAAAGCUGCAGGUCCCAUCUCCCUCCAGUAUGACGGUUGCGACCGGCGACCCUGCGGACGAAGCAGCAGCACAUCCAGGUCAGCCUCAUGACCAAUAUGACCCGGAGCCGGAUCAUGAGUGCUGUGAGAGGGUCGUCAUCAACAUCUCGGGCUUACGCUUUGAGACGCAGCUCAAAACCUUGUCCCAGUUUCCAGAGACACUGCUGGGCGAUCCCAAGAAACGGAUGAGAUAUUUUGAUCCUCUCCGAAACGAGUACUUUUUUGACCGGAAUAGACCAAGUUUUGAUGCUAUCCUCUAUUAUUACCAAUCAGGAGGGAGGUUGCGCCGGCCUGUUAAUGUGACCCUGGAUAUUUUUUCUGAGGAGAUCCGGUUUUAUGAAUUAGGUGAGGAGGCUAUGGAAAUCUUCAGGGAGGAUGAAGGUUUCAUAAAGGAAGAGGAGCGGCCUCUGCCAGAGAAUGAGUUUCAGAGACAAGUGUGGCUGCUGUUUGAGUACCCAGAGAGCUCAGGUCCUGCUCGCAUCAUUGCCAUCAUCUCUGUCAUGGUGAUUCUUAUAUCUAUUGUCAGCUUCUGUCUGGAGACACUGCCAGUUUUCCGAAACGAAGAUGAGGAGAUGUACAAUUAUCCAUUCCAAUCUAUGUCCAACGUAACCUCUACCUAUGACAGCUCUACAUAUUUUACAGAUCCUUUCUUCAUUGUGGAGACCCUCUGCAUCAUCUGGUUCUCUUUUGAGUUCCUAGUCAGGUUCUUUGCCUGUCCAAGUAAAGCUGGAUUUUUUGGCAACAUCAUGAACAUCAUUGAUAUUGUGGCAAUCAUCCCCUACUUCAUCACCCUGGGCACAGAGCUAGCAGAGAGGCCAGAGGACAGCCAAGCAGGCCAGCAGGCUAUGUCUUUGGCCAUUCUCCGUGUCAUUCGUCUAGUCAGAGUGUUUCGUAUCUUCAAACUCUCACGUCACUCCAAGGGGCUCCAGAUCUUGGGGCAGACUCUGAAGGCCAGUAUGCGUGAGCUGGGCCUCCUCAUCUUCUUCUUGUUCAUCGGCGUGAUCCUCUUCUCCAGUGCUGUCUACUUCGCUGAAGCAGACGAGCCACAUUCCCAGUUCAGCAGCAUUCCUGAGGCCUUUUGGUGGGCUGUGGUUUCCAUGACCACUGUGGGCUACGGAGACAUGGUCCCAACUACCAUUGGAGGGAAGAUUGUGGGGUCUCUCUGUGCAAUCGCCGGUGUGCUGACCAUUGCCUUGCCAGUACCUGUCAUCGUGUCGAACUUCAACUACUUCUACCACAGAGAGACGGAGGGUGAAGAACAGGCACAGUAUCUGAAUAUCCCAAGUGUGCCUAAAGCCAACUCAGCUGAGGAUCUGAAGAAGAGUGGACGGAGUGGCAGUGGAUCCACUCUCAGUAAAUCCGACUAUGUGGAGAUCCAGGAGGCUGUGAACCACAGCACUGAGGACUUCAGACCAGAGGCCAUGAAAACAGGAAACUGCACCCUGGCCAACACUAACUAUGUAAACAUCACUAAGAUGCGUACAGAUGUAUAAUGUCAGCUGCUGUAGAUGGUUAACUUAAGCUCGGGUCUGCAGGGACUGUAACAGGAGGAUGAAGGUGUGACUCCCUGUACUGACCAACGUAUGGCACCCAGUAUGGAGGUCCAGAGCAGACGAGUGAGAUUAACUUGGAGAAGAGGUCAGCAGAGAGAACGUCAUGUUCUCCCACGUCCGAAGGUCCAAUCAGAGCAUAUCAUAGAACUGCCAUCCGUCUUAUUUGGGACAUUGUUUGUGUCUGCAUGGAGUUAGUCUUACCUAUGUGACAGUAGUCGUCCUGCUCGCAACAGUAGCCAAAUAGUAGCCUAACCAGUAAUAAUCUAUAUUAACAGCAUAAGGGACCACCUGUUUCUACUUUCCUUCUCAAACUGCCGCCGGGAGAAGAUGCACGCCAACAAUAAUUUAGAUCAGCGUAACUUUUAUUUUAAAAUGUAACUUAAUUAAUCAACUUGUGAUUAAAAACAGGCCAUACUAUCAGCAUUCAUGAGCAAUUUCUGCUGCUCUAACUGCCAAGGUCCUGACUCAGAGAAAAACAAAAUCACUGAGAUCACAGCCAUUGUGUCAGGGCGAAACUGAAUUCAGCAACAGAGAAAGAAAGAGAAAGAGUGAUACUAAUAUGCUUUUGGCCAAAUGGUCGUGUGUUGCUUUCUCUGUGAGAGAAAAAAAGCUUCAUUCAAUGGACCUGAGUGCACUAGCAUUCCUGCCUUGGCCCUAACUAUAUAUUGUCUAGUACAAACUAGUGGCCUCUAUAGAGACCAAGAGAUAGAUGACAGUGCUGUGCUGUAAUUCUGGACCACAACAGCACACCACCUUAUUUUUCCUGCCAUUGUUUCUUGAUGAAGCUCAAGAGGAUUUAUCGCAUGUACACAUACCAAGACUUUGCCUUUUUUUGUUUACAGCCAAUGCAGGCUAGCAGGUGGAUGAAAGAAAUAUGUCUUUAAACAGAGUGAAUGUCUUGUUUAUUUAUUCGUGUUUGUACAUUUUACUUGUCUCCAUCAAUGUGUGCUUCUUUAGCAAUAGGAUGAAUGUGUGCUUUUCAACUCUCAUAGGGUGAGCACCCACAUUUUUUAUGGUUGAAACACCCAACGUGGAAGGAUAGAUAAUGAAUAUAAGUAGUGUUCUGUGUGAGUGCCUAUUUCUCCACCUUUUUAACUGUACCUUUAAGUGUCUCUUUAGCUGCCGCCUGGGUCCACUGUAACAGAUGUGCAGUGAGUAAUGUUUAGUUUGACACUACUGCCCAGCAUAAAUGUUGCUGUUCUUGACUUCAUAGCAUUCCAUGUUUGUAGAAAUACAUAAAAUGAGAUUAAGGAACCAACUACAGUGAGAUUUAAGUUAGUUGUUUUUGUCAGAAUCCAGUUUUGUAACAGUUAAAGGUUCAUGGCAGCAAAGUUAACUGGUUCAAUGUACAAUUAAUUAAGGCUUUUAAUGUAUUAACCCUAAUAUUUCACAAUUCUAAAGGCCCGACCAAAGCAUGAGCUCAAUCAGGCCAACUGAAAUCAAUUUAGGAGACUUUUAAGGUCCAUCUAUUGUCAUACCAGCAAUGCCAGCUUUGUAUUAUUCAGUCUUACUGUAAGCUUGUGUAUAAUAUCCAGACACCCAUUAGCAAUACUGAUGAAAUCGAUUGCUCCUAGCUAAUUUAAAUGGAUGAAGGAUCUAGCAUCAUCAGUUUAUCCUGGCAUGCCCUCUCUCCCAUAUAGUUCUCCCGUUAAAACAACAAAUCAAAAUUAGUGAGCUUUGUCUGCCUCUGGAACAAGUUAGAUAAAAAUAUUUUGCAAUUAUUUCACUGUUAGAUUUUACAGCAUCAAGUGUCAAUCAUCAGGUCACCAAAGACAAAUGUGCUGCCACCUGGCUUAUCUUGGAUUGUAAAAGAGAUUUAUUGUUUUCUCAGUAUUUAUUUAUUUAACUUUUUUGUACCCAUGCAUUUUGAACAAUCAUUACAUUGGUGCAUUUUGCCCAUAUUCUAAUGCAGGACGUAGGCUAUGUGUUCUUCAUCAGCUUUUUAUCAAACAGAUGCUGUUCUGCUAUUGUAGUACUGCAUGUCCUUUGAAGUUUUCAUUGUAGCAUGCGUUAGUAUGAAUAAUACUUAAAAGGCAAAUUGACUUAAAUAUAUUCCAAUAUCUCUAUAGGUACCGGCAGUAUGUGCAAUAUAUGAAAGACAAGUGUCUUGUAUUAGAUGUGUGUACACUUUGUAUAUGCACCUUCUUGCCGUUGCUAUUUGAAAUCCAUGUGAAGUAUUUACCCAGAGGGCUUUGUGUGCCCACGAGAAGAUUUGUUUUCCAUUUAUAAUGCAAGGAAGAUUGAUAAAGUAAGAGCUGGUUAAACAAGAGAGGAAAUAGGAAGUUUGGUGAAAUAGAGAGUCCAAAGCCACAGGGACAGCUAAACAUAUGAUCCACAGUUCAGACUUUAACUUGUGUGCUGCUCCCUUUAGCUUUAUUGUCUUUGUAGUCAGUUUCAGUCACAGCCCAGUAACUGUGUCUCAUAGUGAAAGCACAACAACAGCUACCUACUAUCUGCUGCCAGCACAGUGGAUGCAGACUCAAAUAGUUGGUCAGUCAGACUUUUUGCUCAGCCAAGUGUAUCAUAAUGCUCCAAGGGACUGUCUGAGUGCCCCUAUCUCUGAUAUAUAGGUCCAUCAAGCUCAGUGUGUAGUGUUUUCUGUGUAUGUGUAUGUGUGUGUGAGAGAGAGAGACAAAGAGAUUGUGAGAGAAACAGAGCUUUUAGAUACAAGCUGAGCAUGUAGCUCUUAGAGACAACUUGCUGGCAGUUAUCGGCCAGAAUGACUAUGGUGCUCUGUAUAUUCUAUUCCAUCACAGCACACUGUUUACAGCCUGUGUAUAUUUAUUCAACACAUGCAUAUAGUAUAUUCAACAGGUAAACAGAGGGGAAUGUCUUGCCACACUCACUACAGAUCAGAUCUAUCAGCAUGUGUUGACUUAUGAGAUAUGCUACGGCAUCAGCCAAGGCCAGUUACUGGGAAUUGUGGAGUGGAAAUAGAGGAAAGAAGAGGAAAGGUUGGGAAGGAAAAUAUGUUAAUGAAAGUUAGAUAAACACUGCCCACACCCUCCUUUGCUUUUUACUCUGAUGUGUAAUUGUAUUUCUCCUAACAAGCUUUUAUGUGCUGGAACACCUAUGUGACUUUAUGUGGCCUGAAAGCUUCGUCUGGACUGCCGUCUUUUCCACUCUUGUUACCAAGCACACUGUUGAAGUGACACUCUCUGUCAAGACAAAAACAUUCUCAUGGGAGAAACCAACAUUGACGGCACAUCAGGAUAAUCCGAACACAAGGAAAACACAUCUCUGCUGUACUUCAUAAUACAGACUAGAGGACACUUGAUACACACUCAAAGACUUUUAAACAUAUACAGCCAGUGUACACACACUGCCUGUGAACAUACAUAUACCUUCAUGGUCACCUCUGCUGUCAGGAGAGUCACCUGUGGUUCUAUCAAACAUCAAGGCCACAAAGUGAAUGGACUUCAACCCACUGCUGGUGAUCAACAAACGUAGCCAUGUAAACAAUGUAUCUAUAAGCUGCUUUCAAUGAUGUCUUAAAAUGCCUAAAGCUUCAGCUUUAAAUUGAGCUUCUGCCAUGUUCAGAUUCCUGUGUAGCAGGGAAUCGAAAUGUAUGCUUGCUGAACUAAUCCAAGAAACUAAAGUUGUGCUGUAGGUGAAUUAUCUCUUAGUUUUGGUAUGCUCCAGGGACAAAGGAUGGAAGUAUAUUAAAAAAUCAAAAAGGAAAUAUAAUUUCUAUGAGAACUUUAACUUAUUUGUGUCAUCAGACACUGUAUAAUUGAUCUGUUUGUUUGUUUUUUUCACUAUGUUUUUCUAUUUGAAUGUCAUUAUUAGGUCACCUUUGAGCCUCACACAGUGCAGGGGCUGAAGUCUGACUAAAAUACACAUGCAAGCCUUGGACAAAUAGAUUCUGCCUUUAUAUUUUUACCCUUAGCCAACCACCUCCACUUACUUUCUACUUAUGCCACUUCCUCUACCUUAUUCAUCUAUUUGCCAAUCACAAAUCUUCAGCUCCUUCACUGUAUUACGGCCUCUGCUCAUAGUGGUCUAUACUCUGUCUGUAUAAAGCCUGUGUUUUUUUCUACCAUUGUAAGACCAUGACGCAAACUGUCCAUUGUUACACACAAAGGAAAUAUGGAUCUGAACACUUGACAUGCCCUUCACAAGGACUUCCAAUGGAUAUAAACCGAUUGAAUAGAGAAUAUCUAC